AUGUUUAGUUUCAAAAGGCUGUGUGCUGUAUUUUUCAUAUAGUGCUGUUUCGUCCCUAAGCCAGAUGAUAUUCAUCUUGAUACAAUAGAAAAAGACCACAAUGAUCCUAAUAGUAAUUCAAAUCAGCAAGAAAGCGCUUUGCAGCUGGUGACUGAUAGCAAAAGUCAGCUAAACCAAACCAUCACAGAAAUUACAAAAUUAACGCUUUCCAUUAUCGACACAGAAGGUAUGCAAAUCGGCACAGAAUAUGAAAUUUAUCCUAUGGGACUUAAAGGUUCUUCCAGAAGAAUACAAGACGGCUGUGUAUAUGCAGGGACACUUCGAUUCGAAAACAAUAUAAUCAUCAAUGAUAUAAUUUUAUCUGAAAAUGAAAAAGGUGUAGGGAAAAAGCAUUUUCUUAUCCAAUUUGACAAAUGUAUUCGAUAAACAGACCAAAAAAACUAUUUUUUAAAAGAUUUAGGAGAUGGAAUGGGAACAUUUAUAAGACUUGAUAAGCCACUCAAAUUGAAAUCAAAUCAUAUAAUCUCUUUUGGAGAUUCGCAUUUAGUCAUCACAAUUGAGCAGCCAAAUCUCUGUUUAAAAUUUAUAGAUGGGCCAAAAACUGAAGAAAAAUUGUAAAAAAUAUUAUAGCACUUAUGGGCCUGCAGAUGGACCAAUUAAGAUUGGAAGGAUGGCUGAUUGUAAUAUUAGAUUUGAUGAUAGCAGCUUGUCUCGAUAUCAAUGCAUUUUUAAAUUUGAAGAUUCUUGAUAUCUUAUUGACGGAGAUGGAAGAAAAUUAAGCACAAAUGGAACUUGGCUAUUUUGUGAAGAUUUUUUUGAAAUUUUUGAUGGGCUUGUUUUUAAAGCAGGGCAAACACUUUUCAAGGUAAUGAUAAAGUAGGCUCAGUAUAAUGCAGAAAUGAUAAAUUUAAAUAAUGAUUAA